AUGAGACUCAUGAACACUACCUCGUUCGAGCUUCAAUCUGGGGAGCAGUCCAUAUUUCGUGAAGAAGGCUAUGCCAUUCUGUCACACCGAUGGUUGCCGUCAGAAAUCAGGACCCCUGAACUUACCAUUGGACAAGAAACCGAGUCGAUCAACUCCAUGUUCAAGUGGUACCGCGAUGCAAAGCUGUGUAUCGUGUACCUUUCGGACUGGUUCUGUCGAGGAUGGACCUUGCAGGAGAUGCUGGCACCACGAGAUCUAAACUUUUUUGACGGAACGUGGACUUACAUGGGUACACGAGCAGAACUCAUGGUCCCAUUAGAAAAGGCCAGCGGCGUUUCCAGGAGAUACUUGACUGGCUUACAAGACCUUAUCAAGGUCUGCAUUGCUGCGAAGAUGAGUUGGAUGGCAGACCGACAUACGAGUCGAGAGGAAGACAACGCUUACAGUAUGCUCGGCAUCUUGAACGUAUUCAUGACACCCCAGUAUGGCGAAGGGCCACGCGCCUUCCAGCGUUUGCAAGAAACGAUAUUAUCCAUCCAGCACAAGGCAUCGAGGGAAACUUCAUCAGGAGUCUGGACACCCGCAAUACCAUUCGGAUGGGAGUUCUUACAGGUGCUCUUCUCGGAUCAAUUAUUUGCUUGCCUUGUGGAGUCCUGAUGGCUCUUCACGGCAUUCGCUACUUCGAGAAGAAGUUCUACGGAGACUACGCCUUCGUAUUGAACUGCUUCGACACCAAUGCCACAGGGGAGGUGACGCCGAUUAGCAUCUUCCUUCGUGUUUGGCGAAACCUAGCUGAGCGGCAAAUGACAACGUCCACCCCUCAAAUUCCCGGAUAUCGGCGAGUUCGAUGCACU